UGGCAACAGCUUCGUUACAUAACCGAGCGUGCUCCACAACGUCGCGUUAUGCUCAACGGGUCAAAGACUGACAUACAAUGACUCGACAGCCAGUUAAGGUAACCUAUGCACACAAGCGGGGACGUGCAAAUGCUGCUGCGAAGCUCUUGUCUUCUCCACUUGAAGCCCUUCCUCCUGAUCGUGACGAUAUUACGCGUUCAGAGAUGUCUAGGCGAAUGCUCAAGCGCUCUCGGGGUGUCGCUAACGAAGAUGACGACACAGUGCGACUAAAGGGUCAUAUCGUGAAACGUGCCAGGAAAACUGUCGUGUCAGAUGCUCCAGGAGCAGAAGCUGAUGUCGACGCGUUCCAAACACCAUUUCCUUCUGCGGAUUACGCGUCCGCUGGUACCAGAAAAGUUUUCCCCCGUACCGAAUGUCAAAAGUACUCUCUCGCGCACGAGCUCGCGAAAAUUGAAGGAGAAUAUCGUCCCUCCUCCCCUCACACUGGCUCCACAACCAAAGCGAAGGCGCGAUCAUCUCGCGUCCCCCUGCAUUUAAAGUCUCGCACGCUUUCUGGUGCCUUUCAGAAAGAUGAUAGUGCAUAUACUCGCCGCAAAAUCUCGCACAAAGACUCAACCAUAUCCCUGAAUGACAGGAAGCUUUCCCGUAAAGACUCUACGAUAUCCCUCAAUUAUACCAGAUUAUCCCGCAAGAACUCUACGGUAUCUCUCAAUGAGCUGGCCAGAUACUCGCCUUCGAAGCAUCAACGUCGUCCCUCGAGCCCAGAUCCCUCGUAUAUGCUUUCUCAUAUCGCACAGCAGGAUUGGAUCUCUCCAUCCAAAGCACUUACAAUCCAUGCAGGUGUCUGUGAACCAGAUCGGAAUUCGAUUACCCAGCCCAAUCCGAUUCAAAGUUUGUCUGCAUCACCCUUUCUUAUUGAUCGUCCCCAGUUCUUUUCCACCCCGCCGCAUAGCCGCUCUGGCAGCAGGACAGGCCUCCAAGCGCCGAAAUCUCCUUCAAAUCUAGCCUUCCUUGCGCCUUCCCCGCGCCUUCCGCGCGACGAAGACUUUGAAAUGGCAGAUCAUACCAAGCACCGCAAGAUCCGCAUCUCAGGCAAUAGCAUUAUCUCUUCCUCUGGCUCGUUCACGCUUAGGUCUCACCAAAUUUCCAAUGCAAUCGACUUUGAUGAUCGCAUCGAUAGUGCUGGCAGUGCACCUAUGUCUAUGUCUAUUGACAUACUUCCUCAGAAGAUCUCAAUGGGCGAAUACAUGAUUACUCUGGCGUCUUCUCCCCCGGCUUUGGACGCUAAUCUCGGCCCACAGCACAAGGUCUCACUAGGUCAGAAUAUCCUAGCGCUUCCUGGCUCAAGCCCGCCCGAUGGAUCAAGUUCGCCCGCUCUGGACUGCCCAGGUUCCUCCGCGAGAAACGUAUCUGCUAAUUUGCCUCCUCGUGGUGCGGCUACUUUAGGCAUAGGCGCGCCAAGCGAAGCAGACCUGAUCCAAGAUAUGCUAUCACUUGAUUUGGGUGAUAGACACGAUGAUAGUACUCAGCUCCCGAUGCGUACCCGUUCCCUCGAGACCCCCGCCAGCGUCAGCUCCAAGAAAACAAGCACCGUCAAGCACAAGAGGAACCGCGCCGGUACCAUCCGCGCAUCUGACUUCACACAGACCGCUUCCUCUUGUUCUAGUGGCUCCACACUGACCUCCCUCGCUUCGACUAUCGCCGGGCCUGCUGGUUCUCUGCCUGGCCGCACGCGCUCCGGUACAGUCGUCGGCCCCAACUCGAAACUCGCGAUACGGCCACACGCGAAGGGAGCCAUGAGGAAACAGUCCUUGAUGCAGCUAACACUGCAUGAUGCCCACAGUAGAUCGGGGGAUGACAUGGACAUUUUUAGGGUGCACGAGGACGUGGGCUCGUGUGGCACUGAAGAGCUCGGCUCUGUUGGCUUGAUGCAGAGGCUGAAAGGCAGGAGAGGGAAGAAGAAGCUCGUGCAUGAUGAAAUUGUGUCAGAUGAUCCGUUGCUUAUCACUGGCAUCACAAGUAAGGUGGUUCGAUCAGUGAUUGUUCGCCUGGUCGGACAUAAACAGGUCAUUAAAGUGCGGCUUCACCAUACCCACAAGACACUUGAUGAGAUUGAACGGUGA